UCGUACCAUGCAUCUUUGGGAUUCCAGCAUUCAUGCUACUAUGACUUUCUGACUCAGCUCCCUCGUGCUGUCUCUCCCCAGCUUCCUCUUUUAGCCUCCGCCUUUAGCCUGACACCAACUCACUCGCAUGUUUUUGAUCUUGUCUUCCUGUUCCACUUCAGAAUAAAAAAAGAAUACCCUCCCUGAACUUCUUUGCCACUCCUCUUCAUUCUUUGGACUGUGUAGGUUUCUCCUUGAAACCAGGAGUGGGGAACCUUUUUCAACUGGAGGCAAAUUCCCUCGUGGGCAACCUUUUGGGAGCCACAUGCCAGCGGAAGCCAUGGCCAGAGGCAAAACUCUGAAAGAUUCUGAAGUUUUAAAGGGCAGAAGCAUCUCAGAGGGGAAAAGGUGAUGCCAUGGCAGCUGUUCCAACACCACCACCACCCACAGAAAAGUUACUGACCAGCCCAUUUAUGAAGAAGAUGAAUACACCGACUUCACAAGAAGACAUCAAUGUGGCUGUCAUAGGAGCUGUCAUCGCUGUGGUUUUCAUCACUCUCCUUUCAGUUGUCACGCUGAUCAUCAUUUACCUGUACAAGAAUAAAGGCAGCUACCGCACCUAUGAGCAACCUGAACCAGAUCCAGAGGGGUCAGUCCAGAUGGAGGACCUUCCCUGUAAAGGCGAAAAGGAAGAAUAUUUUAUAUAGGGGAUACCAGGCUGCUGGCACCUUUGGGGCACAGAUCCUAAGUAAAGUGCUUAUUGUUUGAUGCCUAUUUUAUCAAGGAAUUUAAGCAGUAUUAUUUAUUUUAUAUCACACGUUGUCCUGAGGAGCUCAAGUCCAAACUGGACCAUGAAGCAGGAGUUGCAUACUGGAACAGAAUAGAGGCUGCCCCUUUACAGGCUGCAGAGAUGUAUGUAAUCCCUGGGAUGUUCAAGAUCAGGUGGUAACAGACAAGACCCUCUAACCACUGGUUCUGUUUAUUUGGGGCUUGGAGCUAGAGUAGGCAAACUGUAGUACUGCUCCCUUCCCCCCCCCUUGCUGUUGUAGUAGGGACUCAGCCCAUGAAACUCAAAUACUUGUGAUAUGGGGGUAAGGAAAUGCAGGGAAAGGGGUUGGCAAAAAUUACAGGAAGCUAUUUUUGCAUUUCUAGCACCUAUAAAGCAAGUGUAAAACCUACACUGGCCAGAUGUAAAGCAUAUUUACAUUUAAAAUUGUUUCUCUGUAGCUUUUUAUUCUGCAGGAAUAAACACACGUGACUAAGGCUCCAAGACACUUUUAGUGUCAUGUGAAAAUGCCUUGUGAAUGACUAAGCCAGUUCAUGUCUACUCAAUUGCGGGCUGUAGUCAAUCCCUGAGUCUCUGAUGACUAUACAGUUCACUUGUCUGCCAAACUUAAAGCUUUAUGCUUUAAGGUACGCACCUAAAAUUGUGAGUGAAGAUGACCAACAAAUGAAAUGUUGUCUUUGUUUGCUUCUUUGGUUCCAGCCCUCUCCUCUGCAAGAGGACGCCUUUCUGAACUUUAUACAUCAAGGAUGCUGUGAUAAUUGAUGUCUUUUUCUGUUUCACUCUUUGAGAAGUUCUAUGUCAUUGUACUGGAGUAUCCUGAAAAUGCAGUUGUUGUGCAGCUGGUGAAAACAGCAGCCUCACUGAAAUUCUCUCCUUUCCCAAUGUAACAUGUAACUCAUAUCCUGGCAUUACUGUGUUGUACCAAACAUCGAUCUGCACUAGCAGGGAAAGGCAUAAAUUGUGAACAACUGAUUACCUUCA